AUGUUCUGCCUGAUCCUCUCCUUCCUCAUCCCUCUCGUUACCUCCGAACAUUGCGAUAAAUCCAUUCUGGCGCCUUUGUUCAAAUGCUCCGACAUCGCGUCGAAUUUGACGACGGAACUUCAGAAAUUGGCUCACAUGCCGCCUGCCAGUGAAAUGGGAAUAUAUGUGGACCUUUGUGAAUCGUAUUUAGUAAGAAUCACUGUAGGUUCGGUAAACGGGCAAUUCUUUCAGAAUUGUCUAGAAGGGAUCGAAUGUCCUGAUGCUCAGAAGUAUCUCCAUCCGAGAGAAAAGAGCGUGGCGACGAUGUGCAGUGGAAUGAGAUUCAUGGCCGGUCCGUUCGGACAGUGCGUCGAACAGGUUCGCAGCUUGAGAUCCCUCACAAAUCGCCCGUUCUUUAUUUCCAGCUUCGGUCCAAUAUUCCGUCUCUCAAAAAGUAUCCAUGCGCCCGGCAUCUUAUUAAUGAGGUAGUAAACUGAAAUAGGACAGAAAGUGAUCCUCAAACUGCAGAAGGGGCGUCCUGGCAACUGUCAAAUGUACCAAGGCGAAUACGAUUGUACGACGAGUCUCAUAGAGGAUCGAUGUGGAAAAAAAGCAAUGGAAGAGCUGGAGACUCAUAAAGCAUAUGUGCUCAGUCAAAUGCAUUGCAAGUAG